GUGGGAGGAUGUGGACAACUCAGGCGAGCGCUGCUCUUUUUCCCCCUCCGCCCCUCCCACAUGGAAACCGGCUUCUGAGGCAGCCGCGCGCGGACAGCAGCAGUAGCAGCGGCGGCUCGUCGCGCGCGUGCGCCUCAGGCGAUUUAAGGGGAGGCGCGAGACCCGACCGAACGCCGCGGCGCGCGCCUCGAGGACCCUAUAGGGAAUGUGCAUUCUUUUGCCCUGCCAGAGGGUUUGGUCAUUCUCUUGUCCAUCAAAUGGUUAUCUCCUCACACUAGAGCCUUUGAAAAACCACCAGGAAUCUGUGGAGAAAAUUCUUUUACGCUGACAACUUCUUAAGGAGUUACUGCACCAUUUUUAAAUCCUUGCACUGGAACAUCGUGAAAGUCUUUUGUUCUUGUUUCGGACUCUGAAGCCUCUUUCUUCAUUCUUUCUGCACCAGAAUCAUAAGUGAACUUUCCAGCAAAAAGUAUGCGCUUUCCUUGCAUGGUAUACUGCAAGCAAGUGGAUCAUCAUCUGAGACCCUCCUGCCUUUUCCAGCUCUUUGAACAUUUUUGCACUGAGAUUUUCCAACGUGGAAAGAAAUUACCUCUAUGCAUUUUGCUGUGCCAAAAAAUAUUUUCUUAAUAAACUGAAGCUUUUGCCAUGAGCUGUGAGACGACUUCUUACUGGUGUACAAUAAUGCCAAGAAAUUGCAGUACGGCCCUUUGGCAGUUAAAGAUGACAACUGUCUUUUGUUUGGGUGGAUAGGCUACCUCGCGGAACAUACAACUGUGACGUGUUUGCCUCAUAAAUAGUAAUAUUUGAACCAGUCGUCUGUGAAAUACUAGUUGCAAAAUCAUGGGGGGUCAUGUUCUUUGAUCACGUUUGUGGAAAAUACGCCUAGAUAUGUAGAACCCGUGUUGCACCGGAUCAGUUUAUGAAUCAAUGCUAGAUAUGAAUCUUUCUCUUAAGAGAGCCUUUGGUAACACUCUUGGCUUCUGUGUUCUCAUAAAUGGUGGGCGUCUGAUUUUUUAGCACACCAGGCAACUCCUGGGUAAUACUAUCAAGAAAGCAAUUCUUUUUUUCCCUUCCGUUCCAACUGUCAAGAUGGCUUCUGUCCGGUUCAUGGUUACCCCCACCAAAAUAGAUGAUAUCCCGGGGCUGUCUGACACCAGCCCUGACCUCAGCUCCCGCUCUAGUUCCCGUGUCCGUUUCAGCUCCCGUGAGAGUGUCCCCGAAACAAGUCGCAGCGAGGGCGUCAGUGACUUUUCCAGAGCCACCCACCGCCCCUGGCCGCACUGGAAGCCGCUGGAGGCUACGAACUGGAGAAGGCUAGCGUCAAUCUCCACACAAAUGGGGCUGAAGGACGUGAGUCAAAUCUCCAUCAUCACAGGGGAACAGUAUCAGCUCCUAGGAUUUCAUGCCUAUCUCGCUAACACAAUUAACCACGAAGAUGGCGCCGAAUUCUUUGACAAGAAUUUGGCGCUCUUCGAGGAAGAGAUGGACACCCGGCCCAAAGUGUCCUCGCUGCUCAACCGCAUGGUCAACUACACCAACCUAACGCAAGGGGCUCGUGAACACGAGGAGGCUGAGAAUGUCCCCCCAGGCAAGAAGAAGCCCACUAAGACUCCACAGAUGGGCACCUUCAUGGGCGUCUACCUGCCCUGCCUGCAGAACAUCUUUGGGGUGAUUCUCUUCCUGCGUCUCACCUGGGUGGUGGGAACAGCUGGCGUGUUGCAAGCCUUUGGCAUUGUCUUCAUCUGCUGUUGCUGUACAAUGCUGACCGCCAUUUCCAUGAGUGCCAUUGCCACCAAUGGGGUAGUUCCUGCUGGAGGCGCAUACUUCAUGAUCUCACGAGCCCUGGGGCCUGAGUUUGGAGGGGCCGUGGGACUGUGCUUCUACCUGGGCACCACUUUUGCAGCUGCAAUGUAUAUCCUGGGAGCCAUUGAGAUCUUCCUGAUGUACAUUGCCCCCGAGGCAGCCAUCUUCCACAGUAGUGAUCCUCUGAAGGCCCCGGCGGCCAUGCUGAACAACAUGCGAGUGUACGGCUCGGCCUUUCUCACGCUCAUGGUGCUGGUGGUGUUCGUGGGGGUGCGCUACGUGAACAAGUUUGCCUCUCUCUUCCUCGCCUGUGUCAUCGUUUCCAUCCUGGCCAUCUACGCUGGUGCCAUCAAGUCCUCCUUCGCACCGCCCAACUUCGACGUGUGCAUGCUAGGGAACCGCACCCUCUCCCAGCACAACAUUGACAUCUGCGCCAAGACCCAGGAGCGGGACAACAUCACCACGACCACUCGCCUCUGGGCCGUCUUCUGCAAUUCCAGCGACCGCCUCAACGCCUCCUGUGACGAGUACUUUCACCACAACCAAAUCACUGUCAUCCAGGGCAUCCCAGGACUGGCCAGUGGUGUUAUUACUGAAAACCUAUGGAGCAGUUACCUGACGAAAGGGGAGAUCAUCGAGAAACCGUCCUUGCACUCGGUGGAUGUGUUGGGAGCCCUGAACCAGCAGUACGUGCUGGGCGAUAUCACCACUUCUUUCACCCUUCUUGUGGGCAUCUUUUUCCCCUCGGUCACUGGGAUCAUGGCUGGAUCUAAUCGUUCUGGGGACUUGAAGGAUGCCCAGAAAUCUAUCCCUAUUGGCACCAUCCUGGCCAUUCUUACCACCUCCUUUGUGUAUCUCAGCAAUGUGGUACUGUUUGGGGCUUGUAUUGAAGGGGUUGUUCUCAGGGACAAGUUUGGCGACGCAGUUCACGGGAACCUGGUGGUGGGGACGCUGUCCUGGCCCUCUCCUUGGGUCAUCGUCAUUGGCUCCUUCUUCUCCACUUGUGGGGCUGGGCUGCAGAGCCUCACCGGUGCACCCCGACUGCUGCAGGCCAUUUCAAAGGACAACAUCAUACCGUUCCUGCGGGUAUUUGGCCAUGGUAAGGCCAACGGGGAACCCACCUGGGCCUUACUCCUGACCGCAGGCAUUGCGGAAUUGGGGAUCCUUAUUGCCUCGCUGGACAUGGUCGCUCCCAUCCUCUCCAUCUGUGCAUCCGAGAUGGGGAGAAGCAGCCUACGGAGCCAACCAUACCGGCGGGGGGACACUGGUCGGCACAGUGGCAGGAAACGGAUCAUCGGGCAAACGCUGCAGGUGACCGCUGACAUCUCGCUGUGA